AACAAUAAAAACAAAUAUUAAAAGGAAAAGAAAAGAAAAAAGACGGUGAAAGGCAAAAGGAAGGAGAGCCACCCGCCACCAGCUGCCGCAGGAAGAGGGAAGGUCUGAAAAUCACGAAGAGUAAAAAGUGGGGAGAGAGUUGUGGGGAAGGGAAGAGCAAUCUCAAACCCCACCAUUCAAUCAUCCAUUAAAUUUUAGAACUUCUUACAGUAAUUUUCGUAUAUAUAAUUUGUUUGUAAUUAUCUUUGAUUAACCUUACAAACUUGUGAUUGUUUUACAAGGAAACUUCCCCUUCUUUUUCUCUCUUUUCUUCUUUCUUUCGUCUUUCCAAUCCAAACCCAUUAAAGGAAUCCACCCAAGAGAGAGAUUUUUGCCUUACCCAGAUCGACCCUUUUGAAACCCUGAUCGGAUCCGAUCGGAUCGUUUAAGAUCUGAGCAAUUUCAGAGAGUAAUAUGUCGUGUUCAUCUUCAUCUGGGUCCGAGGAUGAUGAGGGAAUCGAUUCUUACAGGAAAGGAGGGUACCAUGCUGUGAGGAUCGGCGAUCAUUUCGCCGGUGGCCGUUAUGUCGCUCAGAGAAAGCUCGGUUGGGGUCAAUUCUCCACCGUCUGGCUCGCUUAUGAUACUCGCACCUCUAAAUAUGUAUCACUUAAGAUCCAGAAAAGUGCUCCCCAAUUUGCUGAAGCUGCACUUCAUGAAAUUGAAGUUCUUUCAGCAAUUUCAGAUAGUGAUCCAUCAAGCUCCAAGUGCAUUGUACAACUGAUUGAUCAUUUUAAGCAUGCAGGGCCAAACGGGCAACAUCUGUGUAUGGUUCUUGAAUUUCUCGGUGAUAGCUUACUUCGGUUGAUCAAGUAUAACCGUUAUAGAGUUCUUGAGUUGAAUAAAGUCAGGGAGAUCUGCAAAUGUAUUUUGGUUGCUCUGGACUAUUUGCACAGAGAACUUGGCAUUAUCCACACUGAUCUGAAACCUGAAAAUAUUCUUCUAUUUUCCACCAUUGAUGCUACCAAAGAUCCUGUGAGGUCUGGACAGGCCCCCAUUCUUGAAAGGCCUGAGGGGAACCCAAAUGGUGGAGCAACCAUGAAUCUUAUUGAGAAGAAAUUGAAAAGAAGAGCAAGAAGAGCAGUUUCUAGGAUCUCCGAAAGAAGAGGUUCUAUGGGAGGAGCAACCCCAAAGCCUGAAGAGAGAAAACUGGAUGGUAUUGAUCUGAGGUGCAAGAUUGUAGAUUUUGGUAACGCAUGUUGGGCAGAUAAGCAGUUUAUGGAAGAAAUCCAAACAAGACAGUACAGAGCUCCUGAAGUCAUACUGCAGUCUGGAUAUUCCUACUCAGUUGACAUGUGGUCAUUUGGUUGCAUUGCUUUUGAACUCGCCACAGGCGACAUGAUGUUUACCCCAAAAGGAGGACAAGACUAUAGCGAGGAUGAGGAUCAUCUUGCAUUGAUGAUGGAACUCCUUGGGAAGAUGCCUAGAAAAAUUGCGAUAGGAGGAGCUCGAUCAAAAGACUACUUUGACAGGCAUGGGGACCUAAAAAGGAUUCGGAGGCUGAAAUUCUGGUCUCUCGAUCGACUGCUGGUUGAGAAAUAUAAAUUUUCAGAAGCUGAUGCUCAAGCUUUUGCUGAGUUUCUCUGUCUCAUUCUCGAUUUCGCACCAGAGAAGCGACCAACUGCUCAGCAAUGCCUUCAGCAUCCUUGGCUCAAUCCUAGGAGCUUACCUCAAAGCGAAGUGAAGAAUAAAUCAGAGGUUGAAAAGGUGAAUGUUGGUAUGAGCAAACUCCAGAUUAGAGUGGGAAAGUGAAGAAGACUGGAUAGCCGGCGCCAUUCAACUGCGGAGGAACACUAUUUUCAGGUUCUUUCCUUUGUCUGACCGUCGACUGUAAUUUUCAUAUGAUUACAGGUCCAUUUUUUUGUUGUUUUUAAAUGAUUUGAUUUUUUAUUAACUAAUAUAGCAUGUAAAAAUUAGUAUUGUUUCUCCAAGACAUUGACAUAAGUGAGUGAAAUAUUGACUACGGAUAUAGAAACUGUUGGUGGGAUCAAGGAUGUGCUCUAAAGCACCCAAUAGAUCACUACUGAUAUAUAUAUAUAUAUAUAUUUUCUACAUGC